CCAGGUGUUGCAGUCGCGAAGGAAAGAACUUAAACAACGGGGGUUAGGCAACAAACCAAAUAGGGCCGAGCCGGUCAGUGAAAAUGAGGAAAACGCGUUGUGGGAAAGUGGGCAGUUAGGGUUGGACAAUCCAAAGUCUCUUCUUAAUACCAUUUGGUACCAUAACACGAAAUUGUUGGGGUUCAGGGGGUGUGACGAAAACAGGCAAUUAAAAUGGGGAGAUCUUGAACUGAAAACAGAUGAAAACGGCCAAGAAUAUUUGGAAUUCAAUGAAAGAUCGACUAAAACCCGUGGAGGAAAUUCUACUCACCAAAGAUCGUUUAAUCCAAAACUUUUUGCAAAUCCACAGAAUUUAUCCAGGUGUCCAAUCGAAUCUUAUAAACUUUACGCAAAACACAGACCAGUUGAAAUGAACACUGGCGAAUCCCCUUUCUAUCUUGCUGUUAACCACAACGAGAACGGUAAAAAGUGGUUCAAAAAUCAGCCAGUUGGGAAAAAUAAACUUUCCGUAAUGAUGAAAACAAUGGCUAAUAAUGCUGGUCUUGUUGGAAAAAAGACCAACCAAUCUCUCCGAAAAACUCUGUGCACAAAACUUUUGCAUUCUGGCGUUGCACCGACGACGAUCAUGCAGUUGAGUGGCCAUAAAAAUGUAAACAGUGUGAACAAUUACGCAGUUGCGUCUAUGGAUCAGCAGCGUGAAAUGUGUGAACUUUUACAAAAUGUCCCCAAAACAUCUUUGUCAUCAAAGUGUACAUCAUCAACACUGUCUCGCCGUGACGUAGUAGGUUCCAAAGAGAUCGCACCUGUUCAAAAUUCUACGGUCCCACGGUCAUCUGGAGACUGUCAAAAUCUUGCUACCGGGAUGUUUUCUGGAGCGAAUAUUACUGGCGGCACAUUUAACAUUUCAUUUCAAAUAUCUUCCCAAUCUUCCUCUCAAGUUAUAUCUCCUCCUAGGAAAUAUCGUAGAAUCCUACGAAUCACUGACGAUGACGAUGACUCGGUGUGACAUGUCACUUGUUUUUUUGAAUGAAUUGCACGCGCUGUGACGUAGUCGCUCAACGACAGCCCAUCAGCUAUAUGUCUAGGUAUGGAGAAUGUGUUUGAUGCCAUCGAUAUAUAGGUUUAAUUUGAUUUUUUUACUAUAUCCAUGCUUAACUAAUGCUAAAUCAAAUUAAAUUAAACAGUAUUUGUAAAGUUUGCUGCUUGAAGUAAACGAUGUUGUAUUUUAAAUCAUAAUUAAAUGCCGAACACUUUCACUGACAGUUGGGAGAAUUUAUUAACAUAUAUCUGAUUGAAAAUAAAUGAUUUCGCAUCAAUUA